CGCCGCUUUGCGGGCGUUUUUGGCCUUCUCUCGGACUCCACUACUACGUGUGACGAACGACCGACGACGAACCUCACCUACCUAUCUACCUACCUUGCUUGCGGUGGUCAACUCUGACUCUUUUCCACCACCACCACCAAUUAACACGACAACCUCGAGCGAUUUACAAUGUCAUCUCUUCGCACCACCCUCCUCCCCCUGACCCGCAGGGCGGCGGGAUUGGCGACGACUACAAGCAAGAGGGCGUUCUCCGCGACGGCGGCAAAGAAGGGGGGCCACAGUCCCCAGUACGACCCGCCGACGGGGUGGCUUUUCGGUGUGAAGCCUGGGGAGAAGUAUGUCAACGAGGGGUGGGAGAAUCUGUACUUUUAUGGGUUUUUGGGGAGUUUUGUUGUUUUUGGGGUUGCUUAUGCUUGGAAGCCCGAUACCUCCAUCCAAACCUGGGCUCUCGAAGAGGCGAGGAGGCGAUUAGAAGCCGAGGGCAUCCUUGAGGAUCCCGACAACAAGAAGAACUAAGAUGUUUUUCUGAUCGGUCAACUCGAAACUCCAAGCAAACAACGACUACGACUUGGCAGCAACAAGAGGGCAUAGCAACAAGGGACAGCAACUUGAACCAAAAAAAAAAGCUGGGAGAUGGGCGUGGGAUAUAUGUAAAUACAGAGGGGCAGACGGGAGAGAACAGGGCGAUCGAUAGAGGAGGAUCAAUUCACAGACCAACCAACCAACCAACCAACCAAGAACUAGACGGGGGUGGGAAAUUCUAUUCUUUUUUCGGUGUUUUGGAGAUAUGACGUAAUUUGGAC